UUCUCAAACGAGAUGGACGAAGACACCGUCUCAAAUCUGAGACUUCGAUUUGACACAUGGAGGGCGAGUCCAGCGAAACACAUGUCACAUUGAAUAUAGUUUCUCAGUUGAUGCUCCAAAGUGGGCAAGGCUCCAAAACCGUGCUCGUUUUUGAGAUGAAGACGUGCCAACAGCUAAGGACAUACCUUACAGAUUCGUAAGCAGGGUGUUGGAUAUUCCAAGAAGAACGCCAACGCUAAUGCCAAUGACUUCACACUAUUUCCAGAUAUUUCCAGCAAUAUGCUUUUUGAUUUAUGUUUUUUUUAAAACGAGAACGCUAUUCAAGCUCUUGUUUGACCGCUGAAAGAAUUCUGAGUUGCGCCACUUAGCAGGAAGGCCGUGAAACCUUCAUUUGCUGCGGCUUAUUUGAGGUUCAAGGAGCAAAAACAGCAAGUUCGGCGGUUCGCGCUGUCAGCAUCAAUCGCAACACGCGGGUUGUGAACCGCGCUUUCACCGUGGUUCCCCCCUUUCCCCAGUUUGUGGUUUGUGGGUGUGAGCGCGGGAACACGGUCGCCAUGGGGCUCGAAGAGAAGCUUCAUGAUGUGGAGCCUAGAAUGGAUGCUGUGUUGCAACUCGCAAGGCAAUGUGGUCAUCAACAGCGCCUUCUAAAGCUGAAUUCCUCACGCCAGGACGAGCUUCUGGCUGAGCUGGAGGACAUGCUAGUUUCAGUGAAUGAGCGCGUGUCAGCCGUGGUGGCCGCAGCCAAUGUUCUGCAUCAGCAACACCUGGAUGAUGGAAGCAAAACCAUCAGUGAAGCUUCGCCGGGGGCACCUCAUCCGAAGUUGAAACGUGGAAAUUCCGCUCUUUCGUCCUCGAAGGCAUCAUUCGGUUGCAGAUCAGAAGAUCUUUCAAAGGCUGAAGGAUCGUCAGACCGUGAGGCCUUGUUCAGUGCCAAGAAGGCUCUCAACGGAAUGACUGGUCAGAUCUACGACACCAUCUAUACACCCUCGCUCUAUGCACGUUCGAGGGCACAAAAAUCCAAAAAUCCAUUUGUUAGAGGAUCUCUAAAUAUCGUUGGCGACAUGCUCUACAAAUUUGAGACCCUUCGUGAACCUGAACGAACAGGGUGGCUUGCUGGACUGGUUUUUAGCCGCUGGUUCCAGAUGCUGUCUGUAACUGUGAUCUUGGUCAACUCGGUCACUAUUGCUUUGAGUGCUGACUAUGAGAUUCAACACCUUGGACUCGAAGCAAACGAAGUUCAGCAAAACGUGGAAUUGGUGCUUGCACUUUUCUAUGUGGUCGAAUUGAUUCUAAAGCUCAUGGUGAACCGGUUCUACUUCUUCGUCAAUGAGGAUGCGCUUUGGAACUCCUUCGAUUUUUGUUUGGUCUUGUUCUCGAUCGUGGAGUAUGCCGUGACCAUUUACUUGGAAAUGCACGAAGACAGUGCUGGUGGCGGCAUGAAUAUGGGCUUCUUGCGGAUGUUCCGGCUGUGCAAGAUUGCCAAGGUCCUGCGGGUCUUCCGGACCCUUCGUUUCUUCACUGAGCUUCGGUUGAUGAUGGACUGUGUCUUGGGCUCUUUCAUCAACGUCUUUUGGUGUCUAGCCAUGAUUGUCUUCGUUCUCUACGUCUUCAGCCUUCUCAUCGUACAGGGCCUCACAGAAUUCCUGGUGUCGGUUCCGGAGGAGGAACUACCGUCGGACUUUGAUAAAGUCGAGGCCAUGCGCUUCUUUGGUUCAGUUAGCAGUGCAGUCAUCACGCUCUUCCAGGCCACUACUGCUGGAAUCGAUUGGGAAGAUGCCUUCAAAUUGCUACGGAUCAGCGGUCCAUUUCCAUCGAUUUGUUUUCUGACCUACGUGAUCAUUUUCACCAUUUCGGUGUGGAACAUUGUCACAAGCACCUUUGUGGAAAAGGCCAUGAAGCUGGCUCAGCCCGAUUUGGAGUCGAUGAUUCAUGAAAAGAACAUCAAGGAUGCCAAAGAUGCAGGAGACCUCUCGCGUCUGUUCCUCCCCUUCACCUCCAAGAACGCUGAAGGAGAGGAUGUGAUCUCGCUGGAUCAAAUCCGUGCAGCAGCAGAGCUGCCAAGGUUCCGACAGGAUCUGACUGUUCGCGGUGUUGAUAUCAAGAAUGUUGAAAUCUUCUUCAAGAUGCUCAGCGCAGUGAAUGAAGGUGAUGUGAACCUCCAGACACUUGUGAGUGCAUGCGUGCGAAUGAAGGGCGUGGCCACCAGUAUUGAUCUUCAGUCGGUGAGCUUCGAAAUUCAAAUGAUCUCAAGUGUAAUGGAGAAGAAGUUCAAGGAGCAGGACAUGUACCUUCAAAGCAUUGAGCACAUGCUGGUGCGGAGCAUGCGAGAUGGAGACUCGUCAGGCUGGAACGUUGACGAUCCGUCGCACUUGGAGGUCAGUCAAGAGCAUUGACACGAACUUCUCAACGGUGAGAAUUCGUGAGCUCGCACGAGAAGAGCACCUUGCAAAGCUUGGUUGUUCAGUCUUUUGGUGAAGUUUUCAAGGGCAACGAUUGCUGAGAUUGCCAUCAG